AUGUCUGGGCACAUGUAUGGAGGAGGCGGAUAUGGAGCUGGCAGCGGAGCAGGCGCUGGACCAUCAGGCUCCAACGAGAAGCCAGAGCUAGGUCUAGGUCAGUACCUCAAAGAUGUGCCUACAACUGGCAGUGAGCUGACAGGGCUCACUCCUUCCAUACGCACAUGUAGACCAGGCCGCAGAGACGAGCUUCGUCGCAUUUUUCAGGAGCAUGACGCCGGCAUCGGAGGGCACGGUUCGACUGUUCGAUCGCGGCGUGAGUGCAUACACUGGGCGGAGCGCAAUCCCUAGUCUCUCGAAGAGCGUGCUAAUUUCCGCUUCCCAAAUCACCCGUUGCAGGACUUUUACUCCGCACAUGGUGACGCAGCAAUGCUGGUCGCUUCGACAGUGUUCAAGACACACAGCGUUUUAAAGCAGCUCGGCAAGAGCUCCAAAGGCGGCGAGCUGUCGUCGGUGACACUGAGCAGAGCGGCAGCUCGGGACUUUUUGAGGGAUGCCCUGACAGUCAAGCAGCUCAGAGUCGAGAUCUGGGCCGGUGGAGGGAAGCGCAGCAAUGUGUGGACAUUGGCAAAGCAGGUAAGCCUGUGCGAACGUCUGCACUCGAAAGCAAAGGAGCAAACCUAAGUGCACUCUCUCGGCUUUUGCGCGACAGGCAUCGCCAGGCAAUUUGCAAACGGUCGAAGACUUGCUGUUCACUCAUGCCGAUCUCGUCACAUCUCCGAUCAUUCUUGCGCUGAGGCUCGCGAACGUAGACGGGGUACGAACAGUAGGAGCAGCCUUUGCCGACGCAAGUUCGCGCCAGCUCGGAUUGGCGCAAUUCGCGGACAACGAUCUUUUCUCGAAUGUAGAGGUAAGUCGAUCUGAACGCAUUGGAACUUCGUGCAGUGCACGAGCUCACAGUCACGGCCGCCUGUAUCAAAAGAGCUUGGUGAUCCAGCUCGGCGUCAAGGAAUGCCUCAUUCCCGCAGACGAGAAGGACACCGAUUAUGACCUGUCAAGAUUGCGCACUGUGCUUGAUCGCUGCAAUUGCGUCCUGACAGAAAGGAGAAAGGGUGGGUGCCGAGGUGCUCCAGUUCCGAGUGCGACUCAUCAGCUGACGCUGGCCUCUGUGGGGACAGGCGACUUCCAGCCCAAAGAUGUAGAGCAGGAUCUGUUACGUCUGUUAGCAGACACAUCAGCAGGCACAGCACAGCGUGAGUGCGUUUGAAGCGCAUCAUGUCUGGACUUCGGCUCAAUGCAUAUUUGUGCCGCUGCCUUUGGAUCAGAUGAAUUCGGACUCAAGGUGUCACUGGGAGCCUGCGCUGCGCUAAUUUCUUACUUGGAUCUGAUGACGGAGCAGCUCAAUUUCGGGCAGUACACCAUUCGCGAGCACGACCUGGGCCAGUACCUCCGCCUCGAUGCGAGUGCUUUGCGUGCUCUAAGCGUCUUUCCCGAGCCGGGUGCUACAGGAGGUAACAAGAGCAUGAGCAUUUACGGCCUGUUGAACAAGUGCAAAACGGCCCAAGGACAACGUAUGCUGGCUCAGUGGCUCAAGCAGCCGCUCGUGAACGUCUUGGAAAUCCGUGAGUGAGGGCGCGCCAUCCCGUCCUAUGCAGCUCCAUCACGCUUACUUUGCUCGGGCCUUCAGGCAAGCGGCAUACGCUCGUCGAUGCUUUUGUUGAGCACAGCGACGUUCGCACAGCACUGCAAGUGAGCGUCAUGACGCGCAAUAGCACAGGACUCAUCGUAUGACUUACACGAUAUUCAUCCACACACUUCAGAUGGAUCAGUUACGCAUGAUGCCAGACUUGCACCGCAUCAGCAAGCGCUUCCAGAUGGGUGUUGCUACACUCGAGGACGUGGUUCGCGUCUACCAAGCAGCGCUUCGCCUGCCCCAGAUGGCUGACUUGCUGUCCGAAGCGCGCUCCAUGGACGAGUCUUCUCAUCCUCUGGACGAAUCUUUCAUUGCGCCCUUCAAGGUGAGUCUGUCCUUUCGCGGGGCCAUCGCGUGAGCUAGCUGACAUCCGCUGGCUGUUCAGACGCUACAAGAGCAGCUUUCCAGAUUCCUGGAGAUGGUCGAAGAGACAUUGGAUCUAGAUGAGCUCGAGCAUCACAAUUUUGUCAUCAAGGCCGGCUUCGACGAUCGACUCCAGAGCAUCAAAGCGAGCCUGGACACCGUGCGAGACAAUUUGGACAAUGAGCAUCGACGAGUCGGAAAGGAUCUGAACAUGGAACUCGACAAGAAGCUUCACAUGGAAAAUCACAGCACGUACGGGUACUGUUUAAGGUUGACGCGUGCAGUGAGUCAAGUGUAUUUGCUUUGGCGCCACCCGCAUUGAUCAGUGAUUCUCCUCCUGCUCACCAGGAUGCCAAAGUUUUGUCGGGCAAGAAAAAGGGAUACGUUGAGCUCGCUACAAUCAAGGUAAGAAGCUCUGGCCUUCCACCUGUCCUCGCUUCGCUCGAUGCUCAUACGCUACACGUCCCCUUUUCAGAAUGGUGUUCAUUUCACCACACCAGUGCUGCGAGAGCUCAGCGACGACUUUCGCAGCUUAUCCGAGCAGUACACCUCGCAACAGGCAGGUCUCGUCAAGGAUGUCAUCGGCAUCGCCGCUUCCUACUGUCCUCCGCUGGAACGUCUGAACGUGCUGCUUGCCACCUUGGACGUGUUGCUCAGCUUUGCACAUGUCAGCGCGUGCGCACCGGUUCCCUACACAAGACCACAGAUUGUCGAGAAAGGAUUAGAAGCGCCUCUGCGCGUCGAAGAGGCGCGCCACCCGUGCAUUGAAGUGCAGGACGACAUUUCGUUCAUUGCAAACGAUGUCGACAUGUCACCAGGAGAGUCCGAAUUCUUGAUCAUCACUGGACCCAACAUGGGAGGCAAGAGCACCUUCAUACGACAAGUUGGCAUCCUUGCUCUGCUGUCCCAAGUCGGAUGUUUCGUCCCUGCUGCCGAGGGAGCUCGAAUUCCUGUCUUCGACUGCAUCUUGGCUCGUGUCGGUGCAGGCGACAGUCAGCUGAAAGGCGUCAGCACCUUUAUGAGCGAAAUGCUAGAGACUGCCACCAUCCUCAAAACCGCAACCAAAGACUCUCUCAUCAUCAUCGAUGAGCUAGGACGCGGUACUUCGACCUACGAUGGUUUCGGCUUGGCCUGGGCCAUCUCGGAAUGGAUAGCUACUGAAAUCAGAUGCAAAACGCUCUUUGCGUCGCACUUUGCGGAAAUCACUAAUCUGGCGGUACAGCAGCCACACGUCAAGAAUCUGAAGGUAUUGGCGCACGUCUCCGAGAAGAGCAAAGAAGGCGCAGCAAAUGCCACAGCUCAUUCAGAACAAGACAUCACACUGCUGUACCGCGUAGAGCCUGGCGUUGGGGAUAAGAGCUAUGGCUUGCACGUCGCAGCGUUGGCAGGCUUCCCAGACAGCAUUUUGCGGCUUGCAAAGAGGAAGGCCGAGGAGCUUGAAGACCUCGAAGGUGCGUGUUUGGUCGGUCUCGGUACGACCGAGUCAUCCAAGCUGAUUGUGCCUCAGCUUCACCCUCUGCUUUCGUAGACGAGGAUACGGACUCUCCCCUAAAGUUGCCAAAGGACGUGACAGACAGAGGGACCGCAUUAGUGGAAGAGUUCCUACUCACCUGGGCCAAGCGCUCCGCGGCUCUUGAAGGAGCAGAUGACGAAAACGUUGGGAUGACAAACGGGUCGGAUCCGUCAAGUAAGCGCAGACGUACUGUCGAUCCAAAAGCUGAGCUGGCUGAACUUAGAAGGACGGUUGAAGAGUUUAGGCCAAGGUGCGAAGCUGAUCCAUGGGUCAAGGCUGUACUGGAAAGCUUCUAG